UCAGAAGUUAGGGCUUUUUGGCCGGACGAGGGAGAAGGGGGAGGAAGGAACAGCCGGCGGCGAUGGUGUCGGAGGAGGAUGUGGCGGUGAAGGAGCCCCUGGAUCUGAUACGGCUCAGCCUUGACGAGCGCAUCUACGUCAAGCUCCGCUCCGAGCGCGAGCUCCGCGGCAAGCUCCAUGCGUAUGAUCAACAUCUCAAUAUGAUACUUGGAGAUGUAGAAGAGAUAGUGACCUCUGUAGAAAUUGACGAUGAGACUUAUGAGGAAAUUGUUCGUACUACCAAACGCACCGUCCCCUACCUUUUUGUCCGAGGAGAUGGCGUGAUACUUGUUUCCCCGCCCCUUCGAACUGCAUGA